CUACCCACUCGUAGCUACUUCCAGCCGGGGCCAGCUUGAGGCACGCGGACGUCUGGGCAAGGGAGCUACUUGGCACCCCAUCAAGCCGGAUGCUGGCACGCGUGUCCUGGUUCCUGACUCCCUUCUGUGGACACACUGCUCAUUCCUCCUAUGGUGGAGACAUUGACAGAGCUGCUUACAUCUACAGGGUCUUCAUUGAAUUCUGUCAUGGUUAUUUAAGGAAUCUUGCCUAGAAAGUCCCCACAAGCACUCAGUUCCCUGCCGCCCGGAAGGCGUGGACUCCAAGAUGAUCAUAAAGGAAUACCGGAUUCCCCUGCCAAUGACCGUGGAGGAAUACCGCAUCGCCCAGCUGUACAUGAUACAGAAGAAGAGCAGAAAUGAGACCUACGGACAAGGCAGCGGAGUGGAGAUCCUGGAGAACCGGCCCUACACAGAUGGUCCUGGAGGCUCUGGGCAGUACACCCACAAGGUGUAUCAUGUGGGCAUGCACAUUCCGGGCUGGUUUCGCUCCAUCUUGCCCAAGGCAGCUUUGCGGGUGGUGGAGGAGUCCUGGAAUGCCUACCCUUAUACCCGAACAAGGUUCACCUGCCCCUUUGUGGAGAAGUUCUCCAUUGACAUUGAAACCUUUUAUAAGACAGACACUGGGGAAAACAAUAAUGUGUUCAACCUGUCUCCCGUGGAAAAGAACCAGCUGGUAACAGACAUCAUCGACAUCGUCAAGGACCCUGUGCCCCCCAGUGAAUAUAAGGCAGAGGAAGACCCCAAGCUAUUCCAGUCAGCCAAGACUCGUCGGGGACCGCUUUCUGAAAACUGGAUUCAGGAGUACAAGAAGCGGCUCCUCCCCAUCAUGUGCGCCUACAAGCUCUGCAAGGUGGAAUUCCGAUACUGGGGCAUGCAGUCCAAAAUUGAGAGGUUCAUCCAUGACACAGGCCUGCGGCGGGUGAUGGUGAGGGCCCACCGGCAGGCCUGGUGCUGGCAGGACGAAUGGUAUGGGCUGACCAUGGAGAAAAUCCGAGAGCUGGAGAGGGAGGUGCAGCUCAUGCUGUCCCGCAAAAUGGCCCAGUUUUCGGAGACAGGACCCUCAGAACUAACCAGUGACGGUACUGUCAAGGACCAGGUAUCUGGAGCAACCUCUGAACCCAGCAACAACAAUGGGGAGCCUCUGGGGCGGGGCCUGAAGAAGCAGUGGUCCACCUCCUCCAAGUCCUCAAGGUCCUCCAAGCGGGGAGCCAGCCCCUCCCGACAUAGCAUCUCUGAGUGGAGGAUGCAGAGUAUCGCCAGAGACUCUGACGAAGGCUCCGAGGAGGAGUUCUUCGAUGCACAAGAGAACCUGCAGCACAAGGAGGAAAAGCAUGCCAAGGACAUCACCAAGUGGAACUCAAAUGACCUCAUGGACAAAAUGGAGAAUCCAGAGCCUGAGGAAUCACAGGAUGGACUCUACCACCAGAGCGACUCCAGGGUAGCCUCCAGUGUGGAGCAGCUGAACAUGGAGGAUGAGGUGAGCCAGCCACUAGCCGAGGCACCCUCCAAGAUUCACGUGCUGCUGCUGGUGCUGCACGGAGGCACCAUCCUGGACACUGGAGCGGGGGACCCCAGCUCCAAGCAGGGUGACACCAAUACUAUCACCAACGUGUUCGACACCGUCAUGCGGGUGCACUACCCCAGUGCCCUAGGCCACCUAGCCAUCCGCCUGGUGCCCUGCCCACCCGUCUGUGCCGAUGCCUUCGCCCUCGUCUCCAACCUCAGUCCCUAUGGCCAUGAUGAGGGCUGUCUGUCUAGCAGCCAGGACCACAUCCCCCUGGCUGCCCUGCCCCUGUUGGCCACUUCCUCACCCCAGUACCAGGAGGCAGUUGCUACAGUGAUUCAGCGGGCCAACCUGGCCUAUGGAGACUUUAUCAAGUCCCAGGAAGGUGUGACCUUCAACGGACAGGUCUGCCUGAUUGGAGACUGUGUUGGGGGCAUCCUGGCAUUUGAUGCCUUAUGCUACAGUGGCCAGCCGGUGUCUGAGAGCCAAAGCAGUAGUCGCCGGGGCAGUGUGGUCAGCAUGCAGGACGCUGACCUGCUGUCCCCGGGCAUCCUGGUGAAUGCAGCACACUGCUCCAGUGGUAGUGGCGGUGGCAGUGGUGGAGGCUCCAGCCUGGAGAGCAGUCGGCACCUGAGCCGCAGCAACGUUGACAUCCCCCGAAGCAACGGUACCGAGGACUCCAGAAGGCAGCUGCCCCGCAAAAGGAGUGAUUCAUCCACCUAUGAGCUGGACACCAUCCAGCAACACCAGGCCUUCCUAUCCAGCCUCCAUGCCAGCGUGCUGAGGAAUGAGCCCAGCUCCCGCCGCUCAAGCAGUUCCACGAUGCUGGACAGUGCCGUGGCCCUGGGCAAGUUUGACUUCGAGAUCGCCGACCUCUUCCUCUUCGGGUGCCCACUGGGGCUAGUCCUAGCCUUGAGGAAAACAGUCAUCCCCUCCCUGGAUGUUUUCCAACUGCGGCCAGCAUGUCAGCAAGUGUACAACCUCUUCCACCCUGCGGACCCUUCAGCCUCCCGCCUGGAACCGCUGCUGGAGCGGCGUUUCCACGCCCUGCCACCCUUCAACAUCCCUCGAUACCAGCGCUACCCUCUGGGGGAUGGCUGCUCCACACUGCUGGCGGAUGUGCUCCAGACCCACAACACAGUCUUCCAAGAGCAUGCAGCCCCCUCGUCACCCGGCACAGCCCCUGCUAGCCGCGGCUUCCGCAGAGCCAGUGAGAUCAGCAUUGCCAGUCAGGUGUCAGGGAUGGCUGAGAGCUACACAGCAUCCAACAUUGCCCAGAAGGGUCCCUCGUCGCUCAACCACACCCCCAGCAUCAGGCGCCUAUCCUUGCUCGCCCUGCCCCCCCCAUCCCCUACCACCCAGGGUCCCCGUGCCAGGGCAAGGCAGGUGAGCCCCAACCUGGAGAGGGCCCCCUGCCUCCCUGACUUGGACAUCGGAGAAGUUGCCGCCAAGUGGUGGGGCCAGAAGCGGAUUGACUACGCCCUGUACUGCCCCGACGCCCUCACAGCCUUCCCCACAGUGGCCCUGCCCCACCUCUUCCACGCCAGCUACUGGGAGUCAACCGAUGUGGUCUCCUUUCUGCUGAGACAGGUCAUGCGGCAUGACAGCUCCAGCAUCCUAGAGCUGGACGGCAAGGAGGUGUCCGUGUUCACGCCUUCGCAGCCCAGGGAGAAGUGGCAGCGCAGGAGGACACAUGUGAAGCUGCGGAACGUGGCAGCCAACCACCGGAUCAAUGAUGCAGUCGCCAAUGAGGAUGGCCCGCAGGUUGUGACAGGCCGGUUCAUGUACGGGCCCUUGGACAUGGUCACCCUGACAGGGGAAAAGGUGGAUGUGCACAUCAUGACACAGCCGCCCUCAGGUGAGUGGCUGUACCUAGACACUCUCGUGACCAACAGCAGUGGGCGUGUCUCCUACACCAUCCCUGAAACACACCGCCUGGGGGUGGGCGUCUACCCUAUCAAGAUGGUGGUCAGGGGAGACCACACGUUUGCCGACAGCUACAUCACUGUGCUCCCCAAGGGCACAGAGUUUGUGGUCUUCAGUAUCGAUGGCUCCUUUGCCGCCAGUGUGUCCAUCAUGGGCAGCGACCCCAAGGUGCGCGCCGGGGCUGUGGACGUGGUGCGACACUGGCAGGACCUGGGCUACCUCAUCAUCUACGUGACCGGCCGGCCCGACAUGCAGAAGCAGCGGGUGGUGGCGUGGCUCGCUCAGCACAACUUCCCGCACGGUGUGGUGUCCUUCUGUGACGGCCUGGUGCACGACCCACUGCGUCACAAGGCUAACUUUCUGAAGCUGCUCAUCUCUGAGCUGCACCUGCGUGCACAUGCGGCCUACGGCUCCACCAAGGAUGUGGCGGUCUACAACUCCAUCAGCCUGUCUCCCAUGCACAUCUACAUUGUGGGCCGCCCCACCAAGAAGCUGCAGCAGCAGUGCCAGUUCAUCACAGAUGGCUACGCGGCCCACCUGGCCCAGCUCAAGUACAAUCACCGGGCUCGUCCAGCCCGGAACACGACCACACGCAUGGCCUUGCGCAAGGGAAGCUUCGGCCUACCCGGCCAGGGUGACUUCCUCCGGUCCCGGAAUCACCUGCUCCGCACCAUCUCGGCUCAGCCUGGUGGGCCUAGCCAUCGGCAUGAUCGGACACAGACCCAGAUGGACAGCGAGCAGCGGGGCCAGCGCAGCAUGAGUGUGGCGGCCAGCUGCUGGGGCCGCGCCAUGACGGGCCGGCUUGAACCAGGGGCAGCCACUGGACCCAAGUAGGACACCCUCAGGAGGCGCUGUGGUCUCCAUGGUGCUAGGCCAGGGCACCGGCCCUCCUGGGAGGCCUGGCCUGGGCACACGUAGCUGUCUGGGGACAAGCACAGACAUGACCUGAGAGCUUGACCCAGGGCUCCUUGGAAGACAGGGCCAUGCCAACACAGUCCUCCCAGCCUCGCCUGAUGCCCUAGGCUCUGAGGAGCCCAGCUGGUCCUGGAAACUGGCAGGAUGUCCAGCCCAUGGUGGAAGAGGAGCCAGGAUUGGCCGCUUAGCCCAGCCUGGGAGGCAUUCCUGGACAUCUUGCUCUGUGUUGAUCUCUCAGCCUCCUGGUGCCAGGCACAGGUCUCCGCCUUGCCUGCCACCUCCCUGUCCGCUGGCGCCCCUUCCCAAUGGGGUCCAGCCUGCUUCUUGUUGACUCCAGUUCUCAACUGUCUAACCUCACUGGUUUUGCACUGGUUUUUGAGAGUGGAGACCCGUUAUCAUCUCCUGGCUCCUGACAUGUUGACAUGCAUGAAAAUCCAGUCUCUGCUGAUCCAGGGCCUGUCACCACACAGAAUAUUCCAGUGUGGGAAAUCUUCACGCAAGCAGGGGAGAAAGGCCAUAUCUUAAGUUCUGCUGCCUGCCCGGCCUGUCGACACCACGGCAGCCCAAUGGCAGUCCCAGACUGCUACCCACCCGUCCACCUGCCCCACUCGAGCUCAGUGCAGUCCCAGAACUGAUGUCACUCCGGGCCCUGAGCACAGCAGAGGUGUGAGGCUAGCAAAGUGCACAGCUGGCUCUUGGUACCCCACCUUGGGCGGCUGGACCUGGAGAAGUCUGGCCUCCACCUCCACUCCUCGCCUGCCAUGGGCUGGGGCCCCGUGCCAUGGCUGCUGCCCACCGCGUUUCUACGCCUUUCUACUUCUCCAUCUGGUUUCUAUAAGGUUUUUUUAACAGGCAAUCCUCGGCUGCUUCCUUUUCUUAACUCAGUGUCAGCGCAGCCUGCUACAUUAGGAACACCCAGCACUGUGACAGGGUCCCACUCAGUCUGGCCUGUGGGCCCUGCACCUGGCCCGCUUGGCAAGGUGUGGGCUUCUCACCUCACCUGACCCACAAUUCCACUGACUUCCUACUCUGGGGUGGGCGGGGCUCUUAGGUCUUUUAAUGCCAUUCCGUUUAACGUUGACUCCAAGCUGCGGGCUCACUUGUCAGCUUAAGGGCAUACAGCCAUCUUAGAUCUCCCCAAACAAGGACAGGCCUCCUACACACUGGGUCUGAGCCCUGCCUUCCACGCAGCACUGACCACAAUUCUCCUGCACCUUCCCUGCGUUGGCUAAGCCCACAUAGCUCAGGCCCACUGUCCAGCGAUGGGGCCCUGUGCCUGAGUAGCUGCCAGGCUGGACUCAGACACAGGGCCACGUGGCUGGGCCCAGCAGGUGUAUAGGAGACACUGACCUUGCUGUGUAGAUAUGUACAGCACAGGGUUGGGGGACUCCCGCCAUGGCGGGUCUACACAGGAAGAAAGCUAUUUAUUUUGUGCAGAGGGAAAAAAAAAUGUCUGGAGGGGUGAAACCUUCAGGGUCUUCUCAUAAGGUGUAGCUGUGUCGUCUCCAGCGCUCUGUAUAAAGCAGUGGUUGUUUUAUGGACCAAGAUUCCAUGAACUGUCACAGUACAAGUGCAAUAUCUGCCCCCCCCACUCCCCACCCCCACAGGAAGCUGCUGGCCUGACAAUCACUGCCCCACUGGGGGCCCAGGGGCCAGGGCCUCCUCCCUCAGCCACACCCGUCUUGCCUCAGCCUAGGUGACCAGCCAUUGGGAGAAGCACUUGGAAGCCUCAGACUACCUGCAAUAAAGGCAGGGAAGGCCUGGGGUCAGUGGGCUUGGUCUCUCCCCUGGGCAGCCCUCUGUGGCUCUGAAUGCCCAUGCCUGCCCAGCCGCCAGCCAUGCCAAGGACAACAGCAAUAGUCCCCUGGGCUCUCCCAGGGCCCUCAGCCAUAGAUGGUGAGACGGGCAGCCUCCCUCCAGAAUCUCACUCGAGUCUGCUUUUUGCCUCCCUUAAGAUUUCCUUUGGCUCAUUCUCUUGAGGAAGCCCCACUUUUACAGAAAGUAAGAGAGGAAGGUCAAAGUCCUUUAAAAAUACCAAAAAAAUGUUUACAGUGUCAGGUGCUGAGCUGCAGGGCUCAGGCCUGGCCAUUCGUAACCAAAGGGUGAGGCAGACCUUGCUGACUGCCACCCACCCCAGGCCUGUUAGAAUAGAAGCCUUAGUCAGUCCCUCCCCGUCCCCAGUCCCCAGGACUGAGCCUCGAUGCCACCCAUCACCAACCACCUGCCUUCUCUUUGAUUUCUAAAGAAGGAUUCAGCAAAGCUCCCCCAUCCCUUUCCCGGCUCUGUGUGAGCUACCCACCACCCUACCCUGUUUCACCGUCACAUCUCAGACCCCUCCCAUCUGUCCUUGUACAUCUGUUUCUCUGGACCACUGUGUAAAUUGUGUCCUAACCCCACCCCAUGCUGUCCCUGCAUCGUCUGGCCUGAGUGUGCUCUCUGUAUACCAUGUCACAGUCUGUUACACCAAUUAAAGAAGCAGGAGGCUUC